GGAGAGGUAAGAAGAAAUGUUCUGCCCAAGAGAUUUCAGUAUUUUCAUCACAUGUGUGAUUCUCUUCAUCAUCCAGUCUGGUCAUGGUUCUGAGAUCAUUGGCGGGAAAGAAGUCAAGCCACACUCGCUGCCUUUUAUGGCUCUGCUGGAGGGUGAUGGAGCAAUGUGUGGAGGAAUAUUAAUUGAUCCAACAUGGGUCCUGACUGCUGCUCACUGUCCGAAUAUAAGUACGGUGAUCCUGGGAGUGCAUUCCAUCAAGAAAAAGAAAAAGAAAGAGACACGUUUAAGGCAGGUCCAAAGGGUUCAGAAAUGUGUUCGUCAUCCCAGCUAUUCUGAAGAAACAAAAGUCAAUGACCUCAUGUUGCUGAAGCUUAAUGAACCAGUGCAGGAAACCAAAACGGUGAAUUGUCUCCAGCUACAUAAACAUGUCAAAGACCCUGCAGCUGACAGCAACUGUCUGGUGGCUGGAUGGGGAAAAACUGAAAAAAACAAACUAUCAGAUGUCCUUAUGUCUGUUAAUGUGACUGUGAUCGAUAGAGUAAAGUGCAACUCUCGUGACUAUUACAACCGCAACCCUGUUGUCACCAGUGACAUGAUAUGUGCUGGUUCAAAGGGUAAAAAAAAGACUGAUACCUGUAAGGGGGAUUCAGGAGGGCCACUGUUGUGCAAUGGAGUGCUAGUUGGAGUCACUUCUUUUGGACCUAAAGAGUGUGGUAACAUAAAAAAACCUGGAGUCUAUUCUUUUCUCUCAGAAAAACAACUCAAGUGGAUCAAGAAUACAAUGGGUGCCCCUAAAAUGUGAUACCGACAUCAAUGCAGAUAUGAGCUAACAGCCAGAUAUGAAUCUUUGAUGCUGUUAAACAUGCCACUGCUGGGUCCACUUGAUCUAUUAUUUUUCAUUUAAUGGCUUCUGUUUCAUCUUUUAUAGAGUAGUUUCCUUGCUUGCUAUAAUCUUUACAGACUAUUGAAAGCAUCAGCACAUCUAUUACAUGAACAGGCGUUUGUUUAAACAUCAUAUAACUGGAAGUGGGUUCAUCACCCUUUCCCUUGCAGGAACUUGGGUGAGAUAUCUAUAACCAGUGAUUUUAGUAUUGUGUAGGAAAAGAUUGACUGUCCAGUAUUUUAGCAAUUGUCAUUGCACACCAUACAUAAACAU